AUGCCUCAUCGCGCUGAGAUCUUGGCCCUUUCGGCCCUUUUGAUGCAGGCUCUUCCUGUCAUUGCCCGUCCAGCUGCUGGAGGGAUUCCUGGGUGGUCUGAAGGAAGCAAUGGCGUUGGAAAUAUUGGCAACCUCCCUGAAGACCAUGACUACGACUAUGGCCUGGCCUAUGAGUUUACGCAUACUCCUCAGCAGAGUGAUGGGGACGGACCUGAUGACCAUUGCGGUGAUGGACACGGAGGGAGUGGAGGACAUGGUGGCGGCGGCGAUGGAGGUGAUGGAGGUUAUCUUCCCACUGUGACCGUGAGCGAUUGCACGACCGUUAGCCCUACAACGACAGUUACGAUUACCAUUGAUGAUAAUGGCAGUGGCACAGCCACUAUCACAGAGACUAUCACCACCGCAGCCAGCACUGUCACGGACACAAUCAGCUCCUGUACAGCAACAGUCACUGUGGACAAUGGUCUGAGUCCAGAUACAGUGACGGUGACGGAUACCUUGAUCUCGAGUAUCACGGACUGCACUGCCACAACCUCGGACAUCACCACCGUUACAGUCGAUGGCCCAACCACGACCGAAGUUAUCACAACAGCUGGUCCCACGGUGACCUCAACUGUAACUACAGGAGGCGAAACCGUCACUGAACCUGGCUCUACCGAAACCGAGACUAUCACAGAAACAUCAACCUCAAUCGACACCACCACAAUCACAAACAUGCAAGUGGUAACCUCGACAGAGACAAUCACCCAAACAGACACACUAGAGGUCACAAAAACAGUAACCUCCGACGACUGCUCAAACACCGGCGGAGGCGGCGGCAACACCAUCGACUACGGCACUUGCUCGGAUCCGUAUAUCCUGUACGAGUACGGUCUCGACGGUCGUAAAGACUAUUCCUAUACCACCCGCAACCAGGCUGAUUUCCCAUUCGGUUCCUCGCCGUCUAUUGACAGCGUGGAUGAUCUGAUUUGCAAUCGUCUGCGUAGCCCGUGUAAUGCGCCUCAGGCGACUAUUGACUUGUGUUAUGAGGCGGAGGAUGCAGCGGCUAAAUUUUCUGGCCAGGAAGCUGCUGAUGUGUGGAAUGCUAUGAUGACUUAG